AAGCAUUCAAAUUUACUUUUUCCACACUAUAUAAUGUAUCACAUACAUAGAACAACUCAAACAAAACAAAUAUAACAAGAGAGUCUUAGAUAUUAUACAACAAUUUUUCAAUGGAUUCUUAUGCAAACUUCAGCUGCGAACUGAGAAUAUUACAAGCCCGAAACAUUGAAUUCAUCAAGUCCACCAAAAACUUGUUUGUCAGGAUUUAUCUUCCUAUAGGAAACAACAAAAGAAUUCAACUCAACAGCAAAAAUGUUUCUGCCAAACUAGGACAAUUUUGGGACGAGUCUUUUAAUCUAGAUUGCUCUUGUCCCCUAGAGUUCUUGGAAAAGCUUAAUCAACAAAGCCUUGUGUUGGAGCUAAGGCAGAAGAAGAUGUGGGGCUCACAACUUAUUGGAAAAGGUGAGAUUCCAUGGAAGGUGAUUUUUGAAUCACAAAACAUGGAGUUAAAAAAAUGGUUGAAAAUGGAUUUGAUGAGUGGAAGUGAUUGCAAAGAGGUUAUGUUGACAACACCAGAAGUGGAAGUGGAGAUUAAAGUAAGAGUGUCUUCAGUUGCUGAGAUGGAGAAGCAAAAUAAAAGGAGGUUUAAUAAUUGGAAUGAGUGUGGAUGUAAAAAUGGACAUGAUCAUAAUGCUUGGUGCAACGCAGAAGAUUGUGAUACAUUUGCGUUUGGUGCAACUUUGGAGGCUUUUUGAUUUUUACUAUGAAUAUAUAAACUAACAUCAACUAAUUCACGUAUCAUUGUAUUCACUAGAUUUUUUGACAAAAUAAUAAUAUAUUGAUUCUAUAUGAACUCUCAAAUGUUGUCUUUUUAAGUUUUUAUCAUGUUUGGUUCAAAUUUCUAAAUAUCAAAAUCUUUCAU